AUGGACUGUGCCUCCGAAGAUAGCUCCGAUAACUCUCAGCGACCGGACUCACACAACGACCAGAGAGUCUAUUUCGUUCCUCACAGAGCGUUGGUGGUUGAUUCCGUGCGUUUCAGGUGGUGGAAGGAUGCUCAGGAUUCAAUGCCUGCGGAUUCGGAUAAGAAGAAGGGAAUUGCGUAUGCCUCUUUUCCCGGUUCGUCCUAUGCUGGUCCUAUGAAGAUUAUCAAUAACAUCUUCAACUCAGAUCUUGUGUUCAGUCUUCGGAGGGAGGAGGAUUCGCAGCACAUUCGUGAAAAUGGCGAAGUUGGUGUAUCUGGACGGGACUUUGCUUUGGUAUCUGGGGAUAUGUGGUUGCAGGCACUCAAGUGCUCUGUGCAGCACAGUGAUUCAAAAAAUGUAAUGAAGGAUGACAAAGGAUUUUCAGCUACUGACAGUGAUAUGGGAGAUGUAUAUCCUUUACAACUCAGGCUUUCUGUUCAGAGGGAAACAAAUUCUUUUGGAGACAAUGCAGUUGAGCUUUAUAAAAGAGCCUGCAAAAUGUUUAGUGUGGAUUCAGAGAUGUUAUGCAUUUGGGACUAUUCAGGUCAGAUAACCUUUUUUGUGAGUGACAAAAAUCAGAUUCCAGUUGACUGUCAAAGGCAGUCUGAUCAGGAGAUUCUUUUGGAGUUGCAAGUGUAUGGGUUGUCUGACUCAAUUAGAUCUAGGGAAGGAAAAAAAGAAGAGAUGGCAAAUUUUUCUGGCAGUGCUUCACUGAAGAUGAAUGGCACUUUUGACAGCGCAAAUUCUGAUUGUACGCAUGCCAAUUCUUUGACCUUCUCUUUAGGCCCUGGUGAAGCUGGUUCCUUGGGAUUAACUGGAUUACAAAACCUGGGAAAUACUUGCUUCAUGAACAGUUCCCUCCAGUGCUUAGCACAUACACCAAAGCUCGUUGAUUAUUUUCUGGAAGAUUAUGUUAGAGAAAUCAAUCACGAUAACCCAUUGGGCAUGAAUGGUGAGAUAGCUUUGGCAUUUGGAGAUUUACUCAGGAAAUUAUGGGCACCUGGAGCAAGCCCUGUGGCACCGAGAGUAUUCAAAUCAAAACUUGCUAGAUUUGCCCCCCAAUUCAGUGGGUUUAAUCAGCAUGAUUCCCAAGAACUUCUUGCCUUUUUGUUGGAUGGUCUUCACGAAGAUCUGAAUCGUGUUAAAUGUAAGCCUUAUGUUGAAGUAAAGGAUGGAGAUGGUCGACCAGAUGAAGAGGUUGCUGAUGAAUAUUGGCAUAAUCAUUUGGCUCGCAAUGAUUCUGUCAUUGUUGAUGUAUGCCAAGGUCAGUAUAAAUCAACAUUAGUUUGUCCUGUUUGUAGGAAGGUCUCUGUGACAUUUGAUCCGUUCAUGUACUUGUCAUUACCUCUACCUUCAACAACAAUGAGGACAAUGACUAUAACUGUUGUUAGUGGCAGUGGUGAUGUAAUGUCUCCAUUAUCACCAUAUACUAUUUCUGUUCCAAAAAAUGGAAGAUUUGAAGAUCUGACCCGUGCUCUUAGCAUUGCAUGCUCUCUGGGGACUGAUGAGACCUUAUUAGUAGCUGAGGUAUACAACAAUUGCAUUAUACGUUUUCUUGAAGAUCCAACUGAUUCAUUAUCCUUAAUCAGAGAUGCUGACAAAUUAGUUGCUUACCGAUUUUUGAAUAAUAAUGUGGAUGCCCCUUUGGUUGUCUUCAUAAACCAGCGGAUGGAGGAGCAGUAUGUCUAUGGGAAGCGGACACUGAAUUGGAAGGCCUUUGGAAUUCCUGUUGUAGCUAGACUUUGUGAUGCUACAAAUGGAUCUGAUCUCCGCAAUUUGUAUCUAAAAUGGUUCCAUCCAUUUCAAAAUCCAAUUGAAGAAGCCUUAGAAAAUUGUGUUAUGUCUAAGGAAACUGAAGUUGUGGAAAUGGAGGUCACAACUCCUAGUUUAGGUUCAAAUAUGAAUGAAUUAGAUGCUCCUUCAGAUGGAGGAAUGGAGUUUUACCUUACAGAUGAAAAGGGGACUAUGCAGAAUUCCAAGAUACUGAUGAAUGAGCCCCUAGCCAGAAAUGGAGAGUUAAGGCUACUGCACGUGCUUGUGUGUUGGUCAGAGGAACAGGUUAAGAAAUAUGACACACAACUUUGUAGUUCAUUGCCUGAGGUUUUCAAGUCUGGCUUUUUAGCUAAGAGACCUCAAGAGUCAGUUUCUCUAUACAAGUGUCUUGAAGCAUUCUUACAAGAAGAACCUCUUGGACCCGAAGACAUGUGGUACUGUCCUAGCUGUAAAAAGCAUCGUCAAGCUAGUAAGAAGUUAGAUCUUUGGAGACUGCCUGAAAUUUUGGUCAUUCAUCUUAAGAGGUUUCAAUACAGUCGUUACUUGAAAAACAAGUUGGAGACAUGUGUUGACUUCCCUGUAGAUAAUCUCGAUUUGUCAGCUUAUAUUAGCCACGGGAAUGGUGAGUCUUACCAUUACACACUUUAUGCUGUCAGUAACCAUUAUGGAAGCAUGGGAGGUGGUCAUUAUACCGCAUUUGUCCAUCGAGGAGGUGAUCAGUGGUAUGACUUCGAUGAUAGCCAUGUUAAUCCCAUCAGCAAGGAGAAGAUAAAGUCUUCAGCUGCCUAUGUUCUUUUCUACAGAAGAAAUUUUGAAGUAUCAACAUAA